UCUGUAUAGUACAUGCUUAACUGUCAGAGCUGUGUGUCAGAUGAAUGAAAUGACGUUUUUGAUGUAGUCGAAUCGAAGGGGGGUGUUGGAAUUGGGAAAAUAAAAAAUUGAGAAAAUGUUAAUUAUUUCUCGUUUGUAGGGUAAGGUAUAGAAUAGUAGUUAAAAUUCUAAUCUAUAAUCUACUACAGAUAUGGCUACGCAGCCAAGUGAUUCCACGGAUUUUCCGCCUGAAAUAAUACUGAAACCACUGGCGCUAAUCGGACUCUCAGGAUUAGACGCUGUGAAUAAUGCAGUGCAUAAAGAAAUAUGGGAUGCUUUUGCAAACAACAGACGGCCAGAUCGCGCUGCGGUACGAUUUAAGCUACUGAAUAAUACCUUCGAAUUCCCAGUUGUGAAACCGAAGAGAAACUCCUACGAAUGGUACAUUCCUAAAGGUAUCCUCAAAAAGAAUUGGAUUCAGAAACGGAUCUCUUUGAUUCCUGCAGUCGUUGUGUUGUUUUAUGAUAUGGAAUGGAAUGAUCUCCAAUGGAACGAGAAAAUAAUAGAAUGUGCAUCAAAGGUGCAGUCCAUUCGUGCUGCUGUAGAGGGGCACGCGACCCGCGUCGCCGUGGUGGUGAUCCAGGGCGGCCAGUCGCCGCCGCCCUCCGAGUACAUGCUGGGCGCCGAAAGAGCGCAAGCACUGUGUGCUGCUUGUGAAAUUCAGUCUAAAUCAUUGUUUGUGCUUCCUCACGGUGACCACCUCAUGGGUUAUAUUAUUCGAUUGGAGAAUGCUUUCUAUGAUAUUGCUCAAAACUAUUAUCAUCAUGAAACCAAAAACAUCAAACAGCACAGAGACCAUCUAAAUAAGACUACACAUCAAUAUUUAUUUGUGAGACAUCAGUUUAAACUUGGGUUCCUUAAUGAAUUAAAGCAAGAUCUUAGUACAGCUCACAAACAUUAUAUGCAUGCAUACAACAACCUGUUAGAGACUCGCACUGUGGACACCAACAUGCAUGAAGUGAGAACUGUUGCUGGAUAUAUUAAUUACAAACUAUGCAAGUUAUUGUUUGCUCUCAACCUACCCAGAGACGGCAUAGCUCAGCUGAAGUCUCACAUUGAAAGAUAUAAAAAUAGAAUAGGAUCUACAGAAUUAUUAUUUGAACAUUAUGCUUGGAUUGCACGUCAGUACAGUGCCUUUGGAGAGCUUUUUGAUGAAGCAAUUAGAGCAGGCCUUCCUGGAAUUCAGACACAGCAUCCUGGAUUCUACUAUCAACAUGCUGCACAGUUUACAGUGAAGAGGAGGCAGGCUAUGCGAUCAGUCUGCAGUGAAGCUGCACAGUAUCCUCCACCUCCAGAUCCUUUAGAAGGUAUUGUGGAGUAUUAUGGUCAGAGAGCAUGGAGGCCAGGUCGCCUUAGUGCUGACCCACAUGAUCCACAGAAAGAACAGGCUGCAGUUCUAGCCCUUCAAUAUAAUGAAAGAAUGUUCAACCACUCAGCAAUGAUAAUUAGUUUCUUAGGCUGUGCUAUUUCCCAAUUCAAAACAUUCCACUCACCAAGGAUGAGAAAACAGCUGGUAGUCGAGAUGGCUAAUGAGUAUUAUUAUUCAGCAGAUUAUGGCAAAGCACUCACUUUGCUUAGUCAUAUGCUGUGGGAUUAUAGGAGAGAGAAAUGGUGGUUCUUAGCAUCUCAUGUAUUAAAUAGAGCUCUACAAUGUGCUUACUUAUCUGCUAAAAUACAAGACUAUGUGCAGCUAUCAAUUGAAGGACUGUCCAAACAUAUUCAAGUGCCAAAUAAUGAUAAGGACAGGAUUUUCAGAAACAUCAUGGCAAUCCUUGAUAUGAAGUUACCUGAAUCAGAGCCAGAUGUUCCAGUUCACUCACAAAACAAAGCUGUAGAGUUUUGGCAAACAGCAAUAGAAAAAGAGCCAGUUGUACUAAAUGUUGAUAUGGUAAAUAUAUCUAGCUUUCUAGAAGUCAAACCCAAAUUCAAACAGCAACGCUACAGGAUGGAUGAAAUUGUUGAAGUUGAAAUAUAUGUAAGAUUAACAUAUAAAACAGUUUUGGAGGCAGUUAAAGCUUUCUUAACAAUAUCCAGUGCCUCGGAAACAAUUGAAAUUCCUAUUACUCAAAAUGGGAACAGCCUAAUAUCCUUGGAAAGUUCCAAAGUGAAAAGAUUUUUAUGUCAGUUUAAACCAAAUCCCCAUGACAAUGGUUCAGAGAUACAUAUCAAGAAUAUUUCUUUUAUCAUGGGCUCUGACAAAAAGAGGAAGAUUGUUAUGAAUUUUAAAAUAGAAGAUAAUAAAAUGUUGGAUUCAACUAUUCAUCCUGAACUACUGCAUUUCAUAUUAAGUCCUAAGGCUGACUUUGAGUUUGAUUGUAUUGUGCCUUUAACUGUGGUUUCUGUAACAUCUAGGGAGUGUAAACUUUCCAUUGACAUAAAAAACUGUAGUCCUGCCCUUCAGGGUGAGUGGUUUCCCACAACAUUCACUAUUACAAAUAAUGAAGACAGACCUGUAUAUGAUGUCAGAUUCACAUUAUCAUUAUUAAGCUCACCAGACAAUCCAAACCCUGAGUCAGUGACAGAGUUGAGUCUUAAGGAAGGGAACACCACUCCACCUAGACUGCAGGCCACAGUCAUUGGUGAUAAUGCCAGUCAAGAAGUAGUCAGAGAAAUGUUUGAUAAAAUUUUUCCUCAGAAUAUAUUUGUUAUGCCUAAGUACAAUAAAUAAAUUGUAUAAAGUGUUAAUCUACUAUGACAAUUAUUGUAAAUAUGAACAAAAAUGUAUAAGUUAUAUUGUAGUUACCUUGUGAUUAUUAUUUUAAAAAUUAAAUUUAGUUCUUUGUUAGCUAGUAUUAUUUUAAUCAAAUACAUACAUCAUCAUUCAGGUUGAAAAGUUAUUGAAGUUUGGUAAUAUUCAAACUAAAGGAAUUAUAAUAAAAAAAUAUUUCUUUAUUAAAAAUUUAUUAAUGAACCAUACACUAAUCUUUGCGCAGUUCAAAUUUCUCUUCUUGAAUACCAUUUGCUGUAAUAAUUAAAAUAUAGAUACAGUCACCAGUGUAGAUAUCACGCUCAGCUGCACUAAUGAAAACAUCUUUCAGAAGAGCGAGUGCCUUUUCUCUUGGCAAUGGUGCCUCUGUUACAUUCUGCAUGUUCUUCAAACCAAUUUGGUUGUCAAGUAAUGGUUGUAACUGAGCACCUGCAGAUCCACCAGCGCGGUAGUUGGACCUCUCACAAUGACCAAUUGGAUCAUAACUAUACACACAGCCCUUGCCAUCAGCAUCUAAGCCUGCUAAAACAUUGGAUAUAUAGUAGGGGAAAAAUCUUUUGUAGUACAGCAUAGUUGAGAGCAUCUGAGCGACCGCCGGAGUGGACAUUGAUUUGUUAUGCUCGUGCUCAUACAUUUGCAUGCGAGCUUGGAGCAGGCGUGUAAGAGUAAGUGUAUCACACCAACAUCCAGUAGCACCUAGCACAGUUCGGUCAGACAGCUUAAAUAGCUUCUUCUGUUCUCUCGUAUAAAUAGAAAACCCGGUGCUGAGACGCGUAUCAGCUCCAAUAACAGCAUAGUCUUCACCGGCGAUGGCAACGACGCUGCCUCCGUUGUCUGCGUACGGUUCGAAACGAUGUUGUUUAGCUCCAGGGACGGCAUAUUCAGGAUAAUUAUCACUCACGUUCAACAUUUUUAAAUUUAUGAAUUUACAGUUUAUGUUAAAAUGAAAUUGUAAUCUAUCUUUGUCAAAGAAAAGAAACUGAAUUGAAUGACGAGCAAAUUCAGUCGGUUCUGUCUUGUCACUGUCAGUCAAUUUUUUUUUGUUGAAGUUCUCCCGUUUUAGGGAAGGCAAAGGAAACAAUGCCCAUACAGCCUGGUGUUUAAUAAAAUUAAUCUUCUUUUUGUUUUUACAUUAGAAUGUCAGUGUGACGCAUUCUAAUGUUUCUUGGAGUGUUUGGCACGAAAUGUAUCGAGUUGGAUUUUUCGAUAAGCUUCUGUGAGGUAGUCAACACUACAAUAAAAUUCUCACGUCCACUUGACCGGAAUAGCGUAGUCUUCAGUUACGCAAACGGUUGUUACACAAAACCACACCAAUUUUAUUUCACAAUAUCCACUAUGAACGAAUUUAAGAAUAAUUAAAAUAAGACGCCAAGUGCACUCGAUGAAAUCCCGCCAAAAACUCC